GCUGGGCUCUGCCUCAGGUUCAUCUCUCCCUCUGUUUCUUAAACCCUUUCCCUUCUCUCGGACUCUCUCCUCCCUUGCUCUUCCUUCCCUGGCGGCGGCGACUGGGCGAGCGGCGGCGCUCACGACUUCGCCCAGCCCUUUGCCGCCGACGAGCACCCACCAGCCGCCCCUCCGACUCCGGCCUCUGUUCAUCUGUCGUCCUCCUCGGCUCCUAACCAGUAACCCCACCUCCGCCACUCCUUACUGCUCUGUGCAGACCGAUCCCGCCCGCCAAGGAUGAAGUCCAAGGCCAACGGGAGCAUACAGAAGGCAGGGAAGGCUAAUGAUGUCCAAGGAGGACCAAACUGGGUUCUUGUUGCUGGAGGAGUUUUGCUUAGCACACUUUCAGUCAGACUUGGGUCCAAACUGAAGCAAAUAUUUGUAACCAAGCAGCAAAAUACUUCUACCAAAGCCAAAAGAAGGCCUGGGACAUGUGAUCUGCACUCCAACCUCUACAGGUUUAGUGAUCAAACUAGCUGUCACUGUUAUAUGUCAGGGCAUGCAGAUGGAGUGGAUGUCAAGCAAGCACCUCCAAGUCCUAUAUCCAGAUCAACUGAACCAUCCAAUCUUCUUGUCAAGAUACCAGCAACAGAAUCAAACAAAGAGAACAGCGGUGUCAUGUGGUCAUCAUCACCUGACCGGCUUGAAGAUCCCCAGAAAACAUUUCAGUACUCAAACUGUUCAGGCUCUCCGUCUGUUUCAGAAUCAGGAUCUGACAUUUACAGCAAGCGAGAGGUCAUACAGAAGCUGAGGCAGCAGCUCAAGAGACGUGAUGAGAUGAUCAUGGAGAUGCAAGCUCAGAUUGCGGAUCUCAAGAACUCUCUCACCAUCCAGGUGACACAGAACACCAACUUGCAGUCUCAAUUGGAUGGCACCAACCGAGAUCUGUUUGAAUCUGAGAGGGAGGUUCAGCAUCUAAGGAAGAUCAUCGCAGAUCAUUGUGUUGCAGAAUCGCUCUUGCAUGAUAAACCUUUUCAAGCAGGACAGUGGCAGUCAAAUGGCACCAAUGGGCAUGUUAAUGGCUAUUCUGACAGCAGUCUGGAUGACCCUGAGUUGCAUUGUAACGGUGUGGAGAAGAGGAAAGGAGAGGGAGAGAGGGUGGAGUUGCUAAAGAGAGAGGUCAGUGAACUGAAGGAAGUUAUUGAAGGCAAGGACUUCCUGCUUCAGAGCUACAAGGAGCAGAAGGUGGAGCUGAGCUCUAAGAUCAGAGAACUGCAGGAAAAACUCUCAGCUCAAGUGUCGAACAUCUUGUAGUACUCUAGGUUGCUUUGCUACACGGACCAGAAGGUGGUUCUCCGGUACAAUAAGCAGGGCUUUGCAGAAGCUCUCAGCACACAUCACCAAAAUCUUUGCUAAGGUCUUUGCAUAAUGUUAGGUUGUUGAUUGAUUUUUCUCCCAUUUUAGUCGUGGUGUCAAGUCGAUUUGCUUUCUGAAUAUUAGGAAGGGUCUCUUCUUUAUUCAUUCAUUUCUCAGACCUAGGUAGGUUGGUAGUUCAAUCAAUGUUCAAUGGUGAACUUGGUGCCUAGUUAUUUGUACAGGUCUUCCAUUUGCGUACAAUUGUGCAUCGUGCCUCCUCUUUUGGACCAGUAUGGUUCAGAGGGGCCCUUUGGAAUGGAUGGGUUCAGCCCACGUAUGGCAUUUGCCUCAUUUAUCGA